AUGAAGGCCGCCAUCAUCCUCUCUUUCGUCGCCGCCGCCCUCGCCGGCGCCGUCAACCCCCGCGACGGACACUGCGGUGGUGACAACUGCGCCCGCCAGGUCACCGGUACCCGCGACGGCCUGAAGCCCAUUGAGUCCCGCAAGGCCGACUGCACCAGCUUCAUGCGCACCACUGUCGUCCCCGACCCUGUCACCACCACCGUCACCGUUACCGUCGACGGCGAGGCCCCCCACAAGCUCCGCCGCGACGCCGCCCUCGAGUACCGCGCCGCCACCGAGGCCCCUACCGUCGUGCCCGCCUACGCCACCGCCUGCUCCAACGGCGCCAAGUACUCGUCCGCCUGCUCGUGCUGGGGCAUCACCGCCGCCGUCACCACGGCCCCCACGCCCACCAAGACGACGACUGUCACCGUCACUGGCGACUACUGCGAGGACCUGUAA